UGGCCACUGGGUGGUUACUGAGGCAGAAUUGCAUUAUAAACCUCAUCUUCUUCUUUUGUAUGACACAUUGGAGUUGACCAACAGACUCAAGACUGACCACAGACAUGAGCAUGGCUUUGGCCUCACUCCGGUCGUUGUCGAUGCCCUGCGCCAGUGUCUGUACCAUCCCCACCAUCACCCUCGUCACCUAUCCUCUCACCCAAAACACCCCACGCUGAGACCCAGCCGACCGAGUCAGAGCUAGCAUCCACCAUGCUGUCAGGAAGCUACAGUCUCUCCACGGUAGCCUCACCCGCCACGCCCUCUGCCUCCACCAGGGCGAGAACUACCAGUGUGGACAGUGUGUCCAGUAGGGAGAGCGGUGCCAGUGUGAGCAGCAGUGUGAGCAGCAGUGUGAGCGUGCCCACGGUGUGUGGAGUCCCCACGGUGGUUCUGGAGGCGCAGUAUGACUAUCAGUACCGUGGGGCAGACGGACGACAGGUCUGCAUCCGAGAGGGGGAGCGGUUUAUUCUGCUCAGGAAGACUAACACUGACUGGUGGCAGGUGCGGAGGAUCGGGGCAGCCAGUAAAGCAAAUCCCCUGUAUGUCCCAGCUACGUACGUAAUGGAGGUACCCAUCCCUCCUCUGUCGUCAGUACCACAACAACAAAAUGCCAACAACAACAUGUGUAACCAUGCCAACAUGACACUGCAGCUACAGUCAUCUCUCUCUCUCAGCUCUAACAGCCAGUACUCAGUGUUCAAAACCUUCUGUCGGUCAAUGGAGGACCUCAACUCUCACAGUGCCUUCAGGGGAGUCAACAGCCACAGCCCUACCCCCAGUCUGGGAGGAGGAGGGGGUCACUUCCCCACCAUGCCCCUCCCUGCCCUCCCCCCCUACACCGCUAGCUCCUCCUCGGGACAUCUGCUGGUCCCUGGGGGCCCCCAGACCUCCAUUGGCCUCUCGGGCCCCAUCCCCCGCACUAAAAGCUUCAACAACCUGCCCCAGAACCCUUACGAGGAGAUCGAAGUGGCGGAGAUGGGGGUCGGGAUGGGACUGAGUGGACGGAGCGCGCCCAUCGGGGGUGUUGCCAAGUCCCUUAGCCAAUGGGACAUGGCCGAGGCCACCCGCAGAAACAGCCGUCUGCAGGUGUCUCCCCAGUCCUACAUUUCCCAGCAGUCUCUCCUGGAGUCUACUCUAUACUCCGCCAACCACCAGGUGAAGAGGCGGAGCCAAGUGGAGCCCCCCAGCCCCGCCCCCGGCCAGCGACCCAUGCAGGUGCUGGACCUAUGGGAGCAGUUCUCGGACCCCUCCACGGGGCGAUGCUUCUAUGUCAACACCGUUACCAAGGAGAGGUCCUGGAAACCCCCCCGCAGAGCCCGCGAACAGGCUAGUCCGAGGGACGCCAACCACCUGUCUCUCCCAAUCCCAGGCACAGAGAAUGGCAACAUGUACAGGCUCUCUUCAGACUUCCUGUACGGUGGGCAGAUUGCUGACAGUGGCCGGGACCUGGGUCAGAGCAUGCAGAGAGCAGUUUCCUCCAACAUCAUCAGCAUCACAGCUUUCAGAACAGGAGAGUCUCAGGGGGUUGUCCAGCGACGUCACUCUGCCCUACUGCAUCAUGGGACAGAGCAGCUCAGCCACUCACGAACCAUAAUACUGCCCAAGAACGGCAAGCUGGGCCAGCAGUGCAGAGACUGUUCCUACCCUGGGACCAGUGUUGUGGUGUGGAGCUCUCUUCUCAGCCACCUCUCCCUACAGAAGAACUGGAAUCCCUCGUGGGUGGUUCUGGUCGGGAACAGUCUGGUGUUCUUCAAGGAUCCCAAAUCCCAGACCCCCUCCAGCUGGAUACCAGGCAACAGUCGUCCGGAGAGCAGUGUAGAUCUGAGAGGAGCCGUGGUGCAGUGGACCAAUGACCUGUCCAGCAAGAAGAACGUCUUCAAGCUGAGGACGGUGACAGGGAAUGAGUUCCUACUGCAGUCAGAGACAGACUCACUGAUCAGAGAGUGGUUCAACACCAUCCACAGUGUCAUCAAUAGACUGGAUCGGGAGAAUCCCCUGGACAAUGUGCUGCUGUACUCUCUGAGGAGGGCGGGCAGUCUGGAGAUGUUGGACCACAGUGGAGACGAAGAGGACAGUCGAGGAUAUAAAGCAUCACGAUUUAUAGACCAGGUGUUUGGCUGUCAUCUAGAGAUGCUGUGUGAGAGAGAGAAGAACAACGUGCCUCGUUUCGUCAGGCUCUGCACUGAGGCUGUGGAGAGGAGAGGGCUGGAGACAGACGGUAUCUACAGAGUGAGUGGGAACCUGGCGGUCAUCCAGAAACUACGCUUCUUAGUCAACCAUGAGCGAGCGGUGACUACAGACGGACGUUAUAUGUUCCCUGCGGAGUUGGUACAAGAGAAGUUGAACCUGGAACAGAGUGAGUGGGAGGACAUCCAUGUCAUCACAGGAGCCCUGAAGCUGUUCUUCAGAGAGCUUCCUGAACCCCUGGUUCCUUACGGCUUCUUCACAGACAUCUUAGAGACCGUCAAGAUGUCAGACUACCUGGAUAAAGUGGACCGUCUGAAGUCUCUGGUACUGAGCAUGCCUCCUCCCAACCAAGACACCAUGAGGUUCAUGUUCAGUCAUCUCAAACGGGUGAUGGAACAUUCUGACUCUAACCGGAUGUCGACCCAGAACAUCGGCAUAGUGUUCGGUCCCACCCUGAUGCGUCCGGAGAGGGACAAUGUUAACAUGGCCAUCAACAUGGUCUACCAGAACCAGGCCGUGGAGCUCAUUCUCAAUGAGUUUGACCGUAUCUUCAGACCCAGCAACUUUACAUCCCUCUGACAUCCAUUCAUUCCAGAACACCGAACCUAGAACCCACCCUGCCCCAAGUACCCAGUCAGCACAGAACACCGAACCUAGAACCCACCCAGCCCCAAGUACCCAGUCAGCCCAGAACACCGAACCUACAACCCACCCAGCCCCAAGGACCCAGUCUAGAGCCCAUCCAGCCCCAUCCCAACCAGCCUGAACCCAACUCAGUGACCUGAACCAUCUUUGGACCCAAACCCCUCUGGUACUGUAUCCUCCAACACCCAGCCCAGCCUGAGCCAAACACAGUGACCAGAACCAACAGAACCAGAAACGCUGUGAAAGGACACCAGCUUCUCCUCGUGUUUUUCUUACUUACUCCCUGUAGUAUCAACUAGUGGUAAAAACAUAGGUGGGUGAACUGAUCGCCGGUCGCGGUGAAAAGAAAACUAGCGCUUCCUAUACUUUCAAUGGCAAAAGAAGACAGGUGGAGUAAACUGCGUUACACCCCCUGGUAUCAACAUCAGCUUAACUCACCUCAUCCCACGGAGAAAGACACGGGAACAGGAGGAAAAGCCUAUAUGGAUAAUGUACAGUAUGUUUCCUUAUCUCCUGUUGCAGUGUAGUAGCAACUACAGCCCAACUCAUCUCCGCCAAAAAACACAACGUCAACAACAAGCUGUUUCAUCUUUAUGCCACUGUCUAUUAACUGUCUACAAUAAAGUUAUUGCGAAGUUUUCAAA